AUGUGGUUGGUGGGGUGGGCACCUUGGCUCACAACCAAGGAAACUAAGGCAGAUUGGACAAGCAAGAUCAUUGACUUGAGGUCCUCGAACGCUAUUGAGACUGGCUCUAUUGAGGGAUUGGGGAAGCUCAAAGUGGAAGAGGACGAUAAUUUGAUCUUGAGAAACUCGUUCACUCCAGUAAAAAGGGAGAAGUCGGUGACUGGAAGUGAAUCCUCCUACAAAUUUGUCGGAGAAAAGGGAGUCGAUCUUGCGGCUCCGGACUUUUCAAAAGAAACUCCGACAAUGUCUGCACUUAAGAAGAAUGACACUUCCAUGGCAUCGGACAAUGGUUUGUACAGGUCAGCCUUGCUCAAGAUCAAGUUGGACCUUGACGAAUUGAACAAGUUUGUCAACUCCAGCGAUACCAGGACUCUGAACCGGCUCAUCAACACCAUCUUGAAGGUAAAUGCUUUGACUCUGGCUGCAAACACAUUUGGCAGACGGAUUGGUGAAGGUUCUGAGUUUGAAAACAUUGCGGGGUAUUCUACUAUUUGCAAUGGUUUGCUGGGACUUUAUCGGGACCAUAAAUCAAGUGUUGAAGAAAUGACGUCCAAUUUCCAGGCGUCAAUCGAUCUGGUGGAACACGGGAGUCAGCAUGCUUUGGCGGUUGUGGAUACAAAGGAAUGCAGCAAGAGUUUUACGAAGAUUUUGGAAAGCGGCAGCAAUAAACCUGGGUGGGUCCAGCGCCCUUCGAACGGAAUCAAUAUGUUGAGCUCUCUCUCCAACACUGGAUCAGUGGAUCCACGAGGCGUUUUGAUUGGAGGCUCCCAGGCACAGUUUGAAGUCAUGGCCGCGAGACUUGACAAACUGGAAAGGGAGAACGCAUCCUUGAAGGAAAAAGGUGGGUAA